AAACACUCAAGUUUCGUUGGAUUCAAUUUCUGGAUGGAUUUUCACGAGUCUUAAAACGAACGAUACGGCUCUGAUUUGACGUAUCGCGUCGGCGUCGAUGUCGGCGUCGAUGUCGACGCCGUCGUCGGCGUCGGCGUCGUCGAAUAUGCGUCGGCGCAUCUAAAACUAUCGUUGUUGGUAGACGCUUGAGUAAACGCAGGCCACGAGUAAAAGUCGAAUUCAAAUUUUUAUAUGAGAUUCGAAGAAUUUGCUCUUUGUUAUUUCCAACUUAUGUAACUAAGCUAGGAUUAUUUCCUAUAUGUAAUGAAUCGGAUAUGAAAGACGCGUUAAUUCUACUCUCCUUUUACCUUUAGCACGCCAAUGAACGAUAAAUGAUCGCGAUAAUCUCGAUCAAAAUUUAUAAUAGCACAUAUACAUUUGACAACUACGAACGAAAGUUUAUUACGGACGCGUAAUUAAAAGUUUUCGAUAAAUAUUCGAGCAAAUGAUAUUAAUAUAAGGAUAAUGUUCGAAAACAUCUGUUACGAGUGAUCACAAUAAUACACCUACCAAAGGUAUUCUUUCUAACGGACGCGCUACGCUGGCGUUACACGUAAAAAUGAAGAUAUGAAUAAGGGACAUUCAAUAUGCAUACAAUUGUCGUUCGAAGUACGAAACUAUAUUAUUUAUGCGAAACGCUUAAUAUCGAACUACGUUAUAGAACGGGACGGUCGUCGAAAGAUUCUAUUGGAUUUUAUGACAUAAUUUGAUCUUAUUUAAAAAUAUUCUCGAUAUGCAUAUUAUCUUGCCAUUUGAUAAAACCACUUAAAGUCGCACCUUUGAUCGCACCGGAGCAAGUAAAAUUUUUUUUUUUUUUGUAGAAAUUAAUAUUACUGCGUCGUAAGUAUGUUUACGUUAAAUUAUUUUUCGACGAUAGAAGAAAGGAAAUAAAACAAAUCCGUGUUGAUAAGCAAGUUCAAAUAAAACGAAUCGGUGACGAAAGUCAUUUUCAACGAUAACGUUGCUGGUAACAACGUCGAUCGCUAAGAACUCAAUGGUGGGGAGAAGCUUGAUGUGUAUGACUAUUUAAUCUAUAUCUAUUCUCAUUACGUCAUAGUGAUAAUGUUAGGAUAAUGCUAAAUUGUUUGCCGGAGAAUCCAACAGUCUGUCAAAGAAAACGAUCUCGCACGGAGCAUCCACGAAGGUUUACCAACUAAGUUCGCGCGAAUUUUCAAAUCGUAUCUCACUGAUUAGACAUAGAAGCUUAAGUUAUCGUCGAAGGGAAAAAGAAAGGUAAUAUUUUCAACGACGAGAGUCUUAUCGAGAUAUGAAGUCGUUAAGGCACCUUUCUCGUGGCAUCAAGAAAUUCGAGCGGACGCUGUUAAACGAUGAAGCAAGUAAAAUACAAUAUUUAGGAGCGAGGAGCACCUUUGCGCGAUCGAAAGAGAAAUUUAUUCGAGGUCAAAACCAAGAGAUAAUCAUUCCUUCGCCUUUCGGUGCAGUUACUUAUCCGGAUUCUAAGAUAUCGGAAUACAUUUGGCGCAACGUUAACAAAUUUUCCAAGCUAAUUGCCCUGGAAUGCGGUAUAACAGGUAGGAAAUAUACGUACGGGCAAACGAGGGACGCUACGAACUACAUUGCAAGGAGUUUGAGGAACUUAAAGUUCAUGGAAGGUGACAUAAUUGCCUUGAUCGCUCCCAAUUAUCCGGAAUGGAUUCUAGCUUUUCUCGGGAUUUUGGAGGCGGGCCUCAUCGUUACAACUAUCAAUCCGCAUUACACGGUUGAUGAAAUGACGAUGCAAUUGGAGUUGUCUGGCGCGAAAGGUAUCGUCACCGCGAAAGGGAUAUUACCGAUCGUAAAGAAAGCAGCAACGAACCACAGAUUGGGAUCGUCCCUUAUCGUUAUAGACGACGGUACGCCGGGUCCAAUGACGGACGGGGUGAUACCUUUUAAGGACUUGAUAACUCGCGGCAAGAACUUACCGGGAUUGAAAGCCCUAAGCCGUUCCACGGACGACGUAGCGGUUUUACCUUUUUCAAGUGGGACGACGGGUCUGCCGAAAGGUGUGAUGUUAACGCACGCUAAUCUAGUCUCGAAUAUAGAAAUGAACGGGAUUGUCAUUUAUUCCGUUUUUUUUUUUUUUUUUCCCCCCCUUAUAGAUGAAUAUCAAGACGUCAUACCAAUAUUUCUACCUUUAUUUCACAUUUUUGGCAUGAACGUGAUCAUGCUGCCUAGUCUCAUGGUCGGAGCGAAGAUCGUUACGCUUCCGAAAUUCGAGCCGGAGACAUUUCUUGACACUUUCAUCAAGCAAAAGCCAGCGAUUUUGUUUUGCGUACCGCCUAUAAUAUUGUUUCUGGCAGUUUCGCCGUUAGCCAAAAGAGAACAUUUCUCGAACGUACGAAGUGCUUUCAGCGGAGCGGCGCCGCUUUCGAAGGAGGACGUCGAUAGAUUUUACGACAAGUUUCGAUUAGACAACAGUAGUCUUAAAUUUUGCCAAGGAUAUGGAUUAACGGAGUGCGCGCCCGUGGCCUUUGUAGAAAAGACGGGCCUAAAGUACGCGAGUAUCGGAAAGAAUAUUUGCGGUUGCGACGUGAGAUUGGUCGAUACCGUAACGAACGUAGACAUUUGCGAGCCCGGUAGAAACGGCGAAUUGUGGAUAAGAGGACCUCACGUCAUGAAAGGUUACUUUAAUAAUCCGAAAGCCACUAAGGAAAUGUUACUCGACGAUGGUUGGUUGAAAACCGGCGAUAUAGCUUACUUCGACGACGAUUUAGAUUUUUAUAUUACCGAUAGGUUGAAGGAGUUGAUCAAGGUCAAAGGUUUUCAGGUUCCACCGGCCGAAUUGGAGUCAGUUUUGAGAACGCAUCCCGACGUAGAGGAAUGCGCGGUAGUCGGUAUUUCCGACGCAAGAUCCGGAGAAGUGCCGAGGGCUUUCGUCGUCUUGAAAAAGAACAGGAAGGUUAGCGAGGAGGAUAUAAAGAAUUUCGUUAAAGGAAAGGUUUCCGAGUACAAGCAACUCGAUGGUGGUGUUUCAUUCGUUCGAGAUAUUCUCAAAAAUCCAACCGGCAAGAUCCUUCGAUCGAAGAUGAAGGAAGCGUAUCUAAAAGGAAAUUUGUGAAAAUUCGUUCAUUCAUGAUGGAUCGUCGUCGAUCGUUAUUUUACGUGCCUUUGUUUCCUCUUUCGAUACUUUUCGUUUUUAAACUAAACUAAACGUUAUGCAAUUCUACGUUAUCGUUCCUGGAUAUUAACUUUAUUUUAAUUGACAAUAUUUAUUUCAAGGGUUUAAUAUGUGCGUACCGUUGCACAAGUAUGGACUCAUAGUGUAUGCGAGCAUAGAAUUUAGUGUCGUCUCUGGUGGAUCGAUUGUCACGUGUAUAUACGUAAGAAUACAUUUGUCUAAAAAAACGUGAAUAAAGAAAAGAAAAAGAAAACGA